GUUGUUCAGAAUGUCUUACAUUUGCUUGGGUCCAAUAAGUGCGGGAAAAACGCUGCUACUAACGUGUUUGCAAAAUCCGGAAUCGGUCAACUUUACGUCUCAUUCCGUACCGAGUGUGGGUACGAAUUUGUACACCAUAAAAAUUCCUCCGGUGGUAAUCGACGAAAAGGACAUCAAUGUGAAACCACCGCCCCCGCCUCGCAAACGCGACAUUGUGCAGGUCCGGGAAGUCGGUGGCUGUUUGGCUCCUAUUUGGAGAGAUUACCUAAACAAACCCGUCGACAACAUUAUCUACGUGGUGGAUACCUCCAAUCUAUGCCAGAUUUCCGCUGCAGGUGUACUGCUGUAUUCGAUGCUAGCUGAGCCAAGGCUACAAAAAACAAAAUUUCUUUUGGUACUGUCAAAAAUGGACCUGGCUUACCGACAAAUGCGAAACGAAGCUCUACUGAUGCUACAGAUGGAGAAAUUCAUAAAACAGAUUUCGCAGGAUAUAACAAUUGUGCAGUUUAGUGCCAUCAAUAAGGAAGGAAUCGAUGAAAUCUACGAAUGGUUGGCUACAUAAUUGAAUAAGUCUUUGCG